AUGGAAUCCAGGUUUCCUUUGGCCCGCACGCCCGAUGGAGACGAAGAAAGGCAACAACAAACAGCAUACAGCAAUGCGGACCAAGCAAUUCGCAGAUUGGCAAGCCGUUUCUCAGAGAGUACCGUGACCAUGGGAGUAGACGAGACAGACAGCAACAUUUUCUAUCCUCCCCGUGACUCGAAACUUGACCCUCGGUGCUCCAACUUCGACACACGCGCUUGGAUAGAAGCUCUUGUCGAAUAUGAGAAUGGCAAUCUGGAAUCAGGACGACGCCGGAGGUCCGGAGUAUCUUUUCGCAAUCUCAACGUGUAUGGCUUCGGCAAGUACACAGACUAUCAGAAGAGCGUGGGAAACAGCAUCCUAUCGCUGAUAACACCGAGACGCAAACACCGGAUUGAUAUUCUUCAUGACUUGGAGGGGCUAGUCAACACCGGCGAGAUGCUUUUGGUCCUUGGACCUCCGGGCUCCGGUUGUUCAACGUUACUAAAAACAAUUUCUGGUCAUAUGAAAGGAUUAUUUUUGGGCGACAAGGUCAGGAUGAAUUAUCGAGGCGUUUCCAACAAAGAAAUGCAUAGCUACUUCCGCGGUGAGGCUAUCUAUGUCGGUGAGAAUGAUGUGCAUUUUCCAAUGUUGUCAGUGGGAGACACGCUUUCCUUUGCAGCUCACGCCAGAGCACCGCGAGAAUUGCCACCCGGGCUGAAGGUACAAGAAUAUUCCACGCUUCUGCGGGAUGUGAUCAUGGCCAUAUUCGGUAUCUCGCAUACAGCGAACACUGUCGUUGGGAAUGACUUCAUCCGGGGGGUAAGCGGAGGAGAGCGAAAACGCGUGAGCAUUGCCGAAGCAGCGCUCAGUGAUGCUGCAUUGCAAUGCUGGGACAACAGCACCCGUGGUUUGGACAGUGCAAAUGCCGUCGAAUUCUGCCGAACUCUUCGUACGGCCACAGAACUUCUACAGUCAUCUGUCCUGGUCUCUCUAUACCAAGCGCCCCAGGAGGCAUAUGAUCUUUUCAACAAUGUCCUGCUCUUAUAUGAAGGGCGGCAGAUAUAUUUCGGACCGACAUCUGAAGCACGCGCGUAUUUUGAAGAGUUGGGUUUUGAGUGUCCCGAACAACAGACGACACCAGAUUUUCUCACCUCAAUGACCAGUCCCAAGGAACGGCGUGUGCGACCAGGGUUUGCAUACAAAGUACCUGUCACGGCCACGGACUUUGAGACAAUAUGGAAGAAAAGUCAGCAGCGCCAGCAACUGAUGAAUUGUAUUGAGGUGUAUGAGAAGAAGUUCAGUCUCGGGGGCGAUAGUCGAGAUGAGUUCGUGGCCUCCCGUCAGGCCCAACAGGCGAGCAGCCAGAGAAUGAAAUCUCCAUAUACAUUGUCGUAUAUGCAACAGACAACAUUAUGUCUUUGGCGUGGCUGGAAGCGUCUGCUUGCCGAUCCCUCCUUGACGUAUAUCAAGCUUGGGGGCAAUACCGUCAUGGCUCUGGUCUUGGGAAGCGUCUUCUUCAAUAUGAAAGACGACACGAAUAGCUUUUAUGGCAGAGGAGGAUUGAUCUUCUUUGCACUGCUUCUAAGUGCAUUUGCUAGCGUCUUAGAGAUUCUGACGCUGUACGAGCAACGGCCGGUGGUGGAGAAACACAAGCAAUUUGCUCUCUACCACCCAUCUGCAGAGGCUGUGGCCAGCAUGCUCACUGACAUUCCGUAUAAAGUGCUCAACACGCUGGUCUUCAAUCUAACAUUAUAUCUGAUGGCUAACCUGCGACGAGAGGCCGGGGCUGUGUUCUUUUUCCUCUUCGUUGCUUUUCUCAGCACGAUGGUGACAUCCGGCUUAUUUCGGACGAUUGCAUCGGUCUCGCGUACCAUGUCGCAGGCAAUGGUACCCGCUGCCUUACUAGUUUUAGGUCUGAUCAUGUACACUGGCUUCACAAUGCCAACCAUGUAUAUGCCCGGAUGGUCACGGUGGAUGGCUUAUGUUAAUCCGCUCAGUUACGCCUUCGAAUCUUUAAUGAUCAAUGAAUUCCACAACCGUGAAUUCUCCUGCUCAAUCGUUGUCCCCUCAGGGCCAGACUACCAUGCUGCCGGUGUCAACAACCAAGCUUGUGCAGAGGUUGGAAACACGAUCGGCUCAACUACAAUUCAGGGAGACAUAUAUAUCAACGACAAAUUCGAUUACAACCAAUCCAACAAGUGGAGGAACGUGGGGGUUUUGAUUGCAUUUUGGUUCAUCUUCACGACCGCAUACCUGGUGGCGACUGAGGUGCUCAGUAUGGCUAAGAGUAGGGGUGAAGUACUCAUCUUUCGCCGUAGCCAUCUCAAGAAGAAGUCUACGUGGCGCAUGGCGGUUGGUGACGAAGAAGCGCUCCGGCCACCCGGGAUCAAGAUGGUGCAGUUAGACGGCAUCCAAAGCACGGACACUCUGCCUGCUAUCAGCCACAUUUUCCACUGGCAAGACGUAUGCUACGAUAUCAAGAAUAAAAAAGAGGUUCGGCGGAUCCUGGAUCAUGUCGACGGAUGGGUUCAACCUGGAACUUUGACUGCCUUGAUGGGUGUUUCUGGUGCCGGAAAAACGACCCUGAUUUAA